CCUGAAACUCCUCCUCAGGAAUCAACCUGUGUAGAUGACGUUCAUCCAACAUUUCUGGUGGCGCUUAUUUCACGCCGGAGUCGGCACAGAGCUGGAAUGCGGUAUAAGCGAAGAGGUGUUGAUAAAAAUGGAAAUGUGGCAAAUUAUGUUGAGACAGAGCAACUGAUUCACGUUCAUAAUCAUACCCUUUCAUUUAUACAAACAAGAGGCUCUGUGCCUGUUUUCUGGAGCCAGGUUGGAUAUAGAUAUAACCCACGGCCCCGACUGGACAAGAGUGAAAAUGAAACAGUGUCCUGCUUUCGUGCACACUUUGAAGAACAGCUGAAAAAUUACAAAAAGCAGGUUAUUAUUAACUUGGUGGAUCAGACAGGCAGAGAGAAGAUUAUUGGAGAUGCUUACCUUAAACAAGUUCUUCUGUACAACAAUGCAAAUCUGACUUAUGUUUCAUUUGACUUCCAUGAGCACUGCCGAGGAAUGAAGUUUGAAAAUGUUCAGACCCUGACUGAUGCUAUUCAUGAUAUUAUUCUUGACAUGAAGUGGUGCUGGGUUGAUCAAGCUGGCGUGAUUUGCAAACAGGAAGGAAUUUUUCGAGUUAACUGCAUGGACUGCCUGGAUCGUACCAAUGUGGUGCAGGCUGCUAUUGCAAGAGUGGUCAUGGAACAGCAGCUCAAAAAACUGGGUGUGAUGCCACCAGAACAGCCUUUGCCAGUGAAAUGCAAUAGAAUCUACCAGAUCAUAUGGGCAAACAACGGGGAUGCCAUAAGCCGGCAGUACGCGGGCACAGCAGCAUUAAAGGGUGACUUCACGAGGACUGGUGAAAGAAAGCUGGCAGGGGUCAUGAAGGAUGGAGUGAAUUCUGCAAACAGAUACUACUUGAAUCGUUUCAGGGAUGCUUAUAGGCAAGCGGUCAUAGAUUUGAUGCAGGGUAUCCCUGUAACAGAGGAUCUUUACUCCAUAUUUACAAAAGAGAAAGAGCACGAAGCCCUGCACAAGGAGAACCUGAGGAGCCAUCAGGAACUGAUCAGCCAGCUGUUGCAGAGCUACAUGAAGCUGCUCUUGCCAGAUGACGAAAAAUUCCAUGGAGGAUGGGCACUUAUUGACUGCGAUCCAAG